CCCUCAGCUGUUGAAACGAUAACUCCCUACAUUUCAACAAAACAAAGGAAAAACAGAAAAACAAUUAACGCAGUUAAAUUAAGAGUAGAAAAAAAGCCUAGAUUAUCGCCAAAACUCAGGAGUGAGUCACAGAAAAAAAGCUUUCCGUCAACAAUACAAUGGCAGAUAAAGACGUACAAUUGCCGCCGAGCUACGAGGAAGUUAUGAACACCACCCCCUCGCAAGAUUCCCGGUUGAUUGUGGGCGUCCAUCAUGGAGCACCCAGUGCGCCGCCCCCGAAUAUGCACAUGCCUACUUACGGCGCUUUCGAGACGACGCCGGUGAGCGUGGUGAUUCAGCCUGUUCCGGCCGCCAUGCCCACUGAGAUCAUCGUGAUUGGGGGAUGCCCUGCCUGCAGGAUUGGCUAUCUGGAGGACACCUUUUCAUGCUGCGGCCUAUGCUGCGCCAUCUUCUUCUUUCCGCUGGGAAUCCUCUGCUGUUUGGCUAUGAAGGAGAAGCGAUGCUCCAACUGCGGAACGGUCUUCUAGAGGAGAGUCCCCAACAAAUCAAUCGAAAAUACAUCCCCCUUGGUUUUCGAAACAGUCUUCUUGGGGGGACUCACUUAAUGACUCGAAAAUACAUCCCAUAUGGCUUUCUCUAGAGAAUUAUCCAAUAAUUCAUUUUUGGAAGAGAAGGUUCCCUACAAAAAUCACCUAAAAAUACAUCCCCCUUCAAGUUUCGGGGUCGGCACUUGUGACUAUUCCUUUAUGGGGACUGUUAUUUUAAUAUCACAAAGCUAUUAUUGUUAAUCGUUAAAUCACAAAUCAUUAAAUAUUAUGUGUAUAUAUUAA